AUGUUCAUCGCCACUGAUCUCGGCCAGUUUUCCUCCGAGAUUCAUUUUCCUUAUCAUUUCUUCUUCUUCUUCUUCUUCUUCUUCUUCUUCUUCUUCUUCUUCUUCUAUUUCGUCUUUUUCUCUUUCUCCUUUUAUCUUCUUCUUUCAUCUUGUUUUAAUUUAAUCCAUUAUUUCUUUUUUCGAUUUCUUUCAUUUUCUUCUUUCAUUUUCCUCCAUUAUUUCCACUUUUUAACAUUCCAUUUAUCGGUUUCUUUUAUUUUCAUUUCAUUCGUUUAUUUUCUUACCUUUCACUUCCUCUUCCACCUCGUCUUUCAUUUAGUAAUGUGUUUCCUCAUUUUCACAACUACCAUUUCUUUCUUCUUCUUCUUCUUCUUCUUUUUCUUUCUUCUUCUUCUUCUUCUUCUUCUUCUUCUUCUUUCAUACUUCCCGAGUGAGUUGAUUUUUCUUUUUCUUUAUCUAUCUAUCUAUCUAUCUAUCUAUCUAUCUAUUCCAGUUUAUUCAAAUUUAUCUAUCUAUCUAUCUAUUCCGUUCAAAUCUAUCUAUGUAUCUAGUGUUUUUUUUUAUAUACUGGUAGUGAUCUUUAUCAAAUUUAUUUUUCUUUAUCUAUCUAUCUAUCUAUCUAUCUAUCUAUCUAUCUAUAUAAAUUCCAGUUUUUUCAAAUCUAUCUAUCUAUUUAUCUAUCUAUCUAUCUCGACUGGUAAUUCCUAUCUAUCUAUCUAUCUAUCUAUCUAUCUAUCUAUCUAUCUCUCUCUCUCUCUCUCUCUCUCUCUCUCUCUCUCUCUCUCUGCUUAUCUUUUCUUCUUUUUCGUUUUCAUCUUUUUCUUCUAUUUCUUCCUUUUCUUUUUCUUUUUUCUUCUAUUUCUCCUUCUUUUUCUAUUUCUUCUUUUUUCUUUUUCUUCUUCUAUUUCUAUUUCUUCUUUUUCUUCUUCUUUUUCAUCUUCUUUCUUCUUUGUCAUAUUUUCUUCUUUUUCUUCUUUGUCGACUUCUAUUUCUUCUUCUUUAUCUCAUUCUUUAUCUUCUUCUUUUUCUAUUUCUUCUUUUUCUAUUUCUUCUUUUUCUUUUCUUCUUCUAUUUCUAUUUCUGCUUUUUCUUCUUCUUUUUCAUCUUCUUUUCUUCUUUCUCAUAUUUUCUUCUUUUUCUUCUUUUUCCACUUCUUUAUCUUCUUCUUUAUCUUCUUCUUUUUCUAUUUCUUUUUCUUUUUCUUCUUCUGUUUCUAUUUCUGCUUUUUCUUCUUUUUCUUCUUCUUUUUCAUCUUCUUUUCUUCUUUGUCAUAUUUUCUUCUUUUUCUUCUUUUUCCACUUCUAUUUCUUCUUCUUUAUCUUCUUUGUUUUCUAUUUCUUCUUCAUCUUCAUCUUCUUCUCCCUUCUUCCUUGCUUAAGACAUGCUCACUCAUUCUCAAAUUCGUCCUCCUUUUUUAUUUUACAAAUAUUUUUCUUCUUCAUGUUUCCCUUUUUAUUUCUUUCCGUCUCAUUUUAA